AAAUUAAAUUCAGAAAAGCCAUCUCUAUCUUAGUUUUUUCCAAGCAUUUUCCUUGGACAGCUGUUUGCAAGAAUAACAAUUAAAUCUUCAUUUUUAUUAUUAUUUUUUUUGGAUUCCAGAAAUAAGAAAUUUCCAUCACUGAUGAAUUCUUCUGCAGCCAAAGAAACAGCAACUGCAACUAUGGAGCACAAGAAAUCAACAAGCAGGAAAAAAAGCAGCUUUGCAUUUAGGAUUCAUGAACAUGUAAAACUAGGUCCUAAACUAUCAGAGACACUGAAGGGUAAGUUGAGUUUAGGUGCAAGGAUAAUACAAGAAGGUGGUAGAGGGAACAUUUUCAAGAAUAUUUUUGGUAUGCAAGAAGGAGAGAAAGUUUUGAAGGCUUCACAAUGCUAUUUAUACACAACAGCUGGUCCUAUUGCUGGAGUUCUCUUUAUCUCCACCAAAAAAGUUGCAUUUUGUAGUGAAAGACCAAUAACCUUCUCUUCUGCAAUAGCAGGAGAGACGGUCAAGGUACCGUAUAAGGUUAUGAUACCAAUUGGGAAGGUAAAAGAAGUUAAUGAAGGACAGAAUGUGAACCAGGAAGAACAAAAGUAUAUAGAAAUAGUUACUCAAGAUGAUUCUGAAUUCUGGUUUAUGGGAUUUUUACGAUACGAGAAAGCUUUUAAGAAUCUUCAGAAAGCCAUUUCUAUGUCUAUUUAGCCCCCAAAAAGAUGCAAUUGCACAUUGUUUAGUUUUUCUUAUAUUUGAGAUGUACAUAGGUAUUUGACAUAUCAGGAAGUUCUGCUAUGUAAAUGGGAUUUUCAAUGUUAAGUUAUAGAAUUAUAAUUGUAUGAA